AUGAAGAUACGGGAGCUGGAUGACGGUUCGGAGGAGCUCGAGGGGUGGGAGGCGGUCGAAGCGGAGCCGCGGUCGGCGGAGGCCGACGAGAGCUGGGUGAAGGUGGAGGGGGCGGGGCGUGGCCGCAGCGGCAGCGGCAGCGGCGAGGCGGAUCCCUCGGAGCGGGAGGAGGUAGGGGUCAGCCGCGUCGACGGCGGCGAGGCGGAGCCCUGGGAGCGGGAGGAGGUAGGGGUCAGCCGCGUCGAAGGCGGCGAGGUGGAGCCCUGGGGCUGGGAGUGGGAGUGGGAGGAGGUGGGGGGCAGCUGCGUCAGCGGCGAGCAGGACGGGGUGUGGGGCGUCAGCGGCGAGCCAGACGGGGUGAGGGGCGCCCAUGAGAUGCCCCCGGCGCUUCCCUCCGAGCAGGAGGAGGAGAGGUGCGUCGGCGACGAGAUGGUCUCUGACGGGCGUGAUGAGGUGGGCAGCUUAGGCGUCAAGCGUGCGUUCGUGGAGGUGUUCGCCAGGGCGCUCUUCUAUCCGACGGUGAUGCUCAACUACGGCCGCAGCUUGAUCGAGCCCGACUUCCACUGGUGGGAUCGCAUCGACAAGGAUAUUUGGAUAGGAGCAGUUCCCUUUCCCAGUCACGUGCCACGGUUGAAGAAACUAGGAAUAACUGGGGUUGUCGCAUUGACCGAGCGGUUCGAAACUCUGGUUUCAAAAUUUGCAUAUGAGCUUCAUGGAAUGGAUCACCUCGAGAUUCCCACUACAGAUUACCUCUAUGCUCCCUCAAAAGAAAAUAUCGACAAAGCAUUGGAUUUUAUCCACAAAAAUGCAACAGAAGGUGGUAGCACUUUGGUCCACUGCAAGGCAGGAAGGGCACGAAGCGCUACCAUAGUUCUAUGCUGUAUUUGGUAUGACGAUAUUAAGUACAAGAACAUGACUCCCGAAGCAGCUUUGGCUCGUGCGAAGUCCGUAAGAACUCGAGUGAAAUUGGCAACAGCUCAAUGGCAGGUACGUAACCUGACUUCUUUUGCAAUUGCAGCUGUCAAGGAGUUUAACUCAAGUCUGGUGGAUGUUGGUGAGGAUGUUAGUCAGGAUGUUGAUGACGAUGGCAUCAACACGCUGCAGGGCGCUUGA